AAAUGGACUGGAUCUGGGAGAAGACGUUAGAGUUCUGGUGCUCUUUCUUUCGCGACGAAGAGGCUAUUGCCUCGGCUGAAGAUUCAGCACCACCAACCGCGUCUUCUUCGGGAUCUCAGUCUUCGAAAACGAUGUCCCGUGUGAGAUUCAGUCGCAGUACCAUAGGAAAAUUCCCACUUAACGAGCUGGAACACUUGGGUUCCACAAACGCCUUUUUUAAUUUCCUACUCGCCCAACGAAUUCGUCAAGUGGGGUUAGUCGGUCUCAACUACCUGGACGUGGUUAAUUCCCACAAAUCGAUACCAGAAAAACAAAUAUGGGACUUGAUGGAUGAUAAACAGCGGUCGCCCUACCUAAAGCUGGCCAAAAACAUUCUCCAACAGCAUAGGGGAACCUUUCAGGAUAAAAAGAAGCAGGAAGAAAUGGGCUAUCAAAACCGCAGAGGCAUUAUUGCUGCAUCCAAGAUCGCUGAGAACCCAAACAGAACUUAAGUGAGAGAAUGGGAGAGGAAUGAAGGAAAGAGACCGAGAAAUCGAAUGGAGAACGUUCCCCCAAACCAAAUGAGCAUCUUGGCGAUGGAUCGCAAGGAGCCAGUCAGCGGGGAUAGUGCGCUGGGAUUACGCUAUGGGCAGCUGCUCCAUAGCGGCAAGUACACGGAUUGUGUGUUCCACAUCUGCGAGGAGCAGGUGAAGGGUCACAAACUAAUCCUAAGCGCUGCCAGUCCUGUUUUCGAGGCCAUGUUUUUUGGUCCAAUGCAAAACAACGAAACUGAGCCAGAAAUCGAGAUCAAUGACAUCAGUGCUGCUGUCUUCAAGGUGCUGGUGGAGUACAUCUACACAGGAGUAGUGAAAUACAAUGAUCUGGAGCUGGUUGCAUGCAUUGAGUUGUACUAUGCCGCGGAGAAGUAUCUGCUGGAGGAGCUGAUAGCCGACACUUUAUUGGCUAUUACACGCAAACUGCGCUUCGCCAACAUUUUGCCCGCCCUGGAGCUUAGUGUUUGCAUGGGCCUCGAUGGCCUGCUGGAGGUCUGUAUGACCUUUUUCAUGCGCUGCUGUGUUAAUAACGGCCAGUAUGUGAGCCACCUAAAGGAACACUAUGUCCAUGUAUCCAAGGAGUGUGUGAAGGCCAUUAUAGCGGCCUGCAAGGAGCCGCACAAGCUGCUGAUUUGGUACGUCUACGAGUGGACGCGACAGGAAUGCGAGCAGUUGGGCCUGGGGCCUAGUGAUGCGGAUUUGGUGGUCCACGGCUUGGGUGGUGAAUCAAGCGAUUGGCCUGUGGCGUCGGGCAUCACUCAAUUGGAAUCUCCCGCUCCGGCUCCAGUGGUUUCUGUUGAGCGCUGCUACUACAAGGCCUGCCGGCCAUUUACUGUGGAUGCGGAAUGUCCAGUCUUCCGCCUGCGCAUAAAGUGCUCCAGAUUCAUCUCUCUGUUGGGUCUUGUGCUGAACAGCCGACUGACCCCCAACCGUAUGGGCCACAUCCAGCUGCUGGAGUACCGGGAGUCGCUGCGCCUAGACCUUUGCGAGGUGUUGCCAGAAAACGACGAUGCGGCCACGCCACCAGUAUGGAGCCAUGUCGUUCAAAACCAGAACACCAAGUACAAUUGCGAUCUGCAUCUUAGCUGGAGGCGCGAGGAGGCCUGCGUGCUAAAUCCGGAACUAUCCUACGAGCUGCAGAUCCGCUGGGACCCCAGUGCCUACGGGGCGGAGUAUCCUUGCAGCCUGCAGUCCUGUCAGGCGGACGGAAUCCGGUUUACGGACGGUGACAACUUCAGUGGCAGCCUCGUCAAGGGACUGCGAUACGCCAAUCUGGUGUAAGCACCCCGGAUGCGAUACUCGAUACCAUAUUUAGUUAGUCCGUAAGACGUGUGUGUGUAUUUAUUGCCUUAAGUUAAUGUACGCUCCCUCAGAGUUCAAUAAACUAUGAGUAAGAUCGCUUCAAA